AUGCAGCGUGUUCUGGUCUAUCUCCUCCGACGAGACCUUCGACUGGCCGAUAACCCAAUCUUCCAUGAGAUUGCUCGAUUGAACUCGCAGUCACAGAAGCCUUUCACUCAUGUCUUGCCGGUCUACGUCUUUCCCGCUGCGCAGGUCGAGGUUUCGGGCUUCCUCACGUCAGAUGGAGAUAAAUCACCUUAUCCAGAAGCGCGUUCCAAGGUUGGCGGGUUCUGGAGGUGUGGGAAGCUACGAUCAAAGUUCCUGGCCGAAAGCAUCUGGGAUUUGAAGACUGAUCUCGAACGGAUCUCGAGUGGACUGGUGAUACGGGUUGGCACAGUGAGAGGUGCUGUUCAAUCGAUCCUGGAGGGCUUUCGUUCUCAGAAGGACGCCGAGGUUCAUGGAGUCUGGAUGACCAGCGAAGAGGGAUGGGAGGAGAAGAUUGAAGAGAAUGAUGUCAAGGAACUCAUGGAUGAAGAGAAAGGAGAGUUCAAGCUAUGGCCGGAUGAGAAGUACUAUGUCGACGACCGGGAUUUGCCAAUCCAGGAGUCAGAGGAGCUAUCAGAUGUCUUCACUACAUUCAGGAAGACAGUUGAGCCUCUUAGAACAGCCCCUCGAAAGGAGCAUCCCACGCCAGGGAGUCUGCCUCCCCUGCCAGAUUCUAUCCCUGACCAGGCUGCACCGUUCUCAAUACCUUCCACAUACGACGGAUUAGAGUCUGCCCUCUGGAAGCCUUUUGAGAAUGACGAGCCGCCUCCAAAUGCUCCUACUCAUCCCCCAGGGGCAGAAUCUGCACAUCCGUUUACUGGAGGCUCCAAGGCUGGUCAUGAGAGAGUUCUCGACCUCAUCGAAUCUGGAUCGAUGACUGCCUACAAAGACACUCGAAAUGGGUUGUUAGGUCUGGACUUUAGCACGAAGUUGUCAGCUUGGCUGGCACUGGGAUCCAUCUCCGCGAGGCAGGUCCAUUGGAAAUUGAUCGAUUUCGAAGACGGCAAGACCGACGUUGGGAAGGGCGUCGAUGGGUAUGGCCAGGGUGAAAACAAGGGCACAGCAGGCGUUCGUUUCGAGCUGCUUUGGCGAGACUACAUGCGACUUUGCACUCGCAAAUUCGGCGUCAGGCUCUUCUUCGUCGACGGAUACCGUCAAGACCCCAGCGCAAAGUCCAAAUUCAUCAGCUCGCCAUACACGCACUCGACCCAGAAGAAGAACACCCAAGGGGUCGACGACACCAGCACGCGCAUCACAGUCGAGCGCUUCAUCACAGGACGCACCGGAACGGGACUGAUAGACGCCUCGCAGCGAGAACUUUUCCUGACUGGCUGGACGUCUAACCGUUCGCGGCAAAACGUAGCAUCCUACCUCUCAAAGCACCUUGGCAUCGAUUGGCGCAUCGGAGCCGAGUGGUACGAAAUGAACCUUAUCGACUACGACGUCUCGAGCAACUGGGGCAACUGGCAGUACGUCGCGGGAGUCGGCAACGAUCCACGAGGCGAUGCGCGCGUCUUCAACCCUGUCAAGCAGGCCGUCGACUACGAUACCAAUGGCGAGUACGUCCGGACUUGGGUCCCGGAACUUCGCGAUGUUGGCCGAAGCAACACUACUGCAGCAGCUACUAGUGCUGGAGCUGCCGACGAUCGUGCUGCUGCGAAGCCCGCCAACGACAGUCUGGAGUCGCUCAUGGGGGUUUUCCAGGCGUGGAGGAUUCCUGCGGAGGAGAAGAAGCGCUUGGGACUCGAGGGCGUGGAGUGGGUCGAGAAGCCGCUCAUCCGGAUCGACUUUUCUGUCAAUCGGCGCGGUGGGGGGUCGAGACGGGGGAAUCGAGGAGGAGGGGAUGGUGGGUUUCGUGGUCGUGGUGGGAGAGGGCGUGGGAGGGGAGGACGAGGUGGUGGUGAUUAUGGUCGUGGGCCGAGGGGUAGUGGGCAGUAG